AUGAGAAAGUUUAAUAGUUUUAUCAAGGAUGGUCUCGUAGAACAGCCCAGGCUGGAAGGGACCUCGAAGGAUCACCUGGCCCAGCUGCUGCUGCUUGUGAAACAAGAGCCACCAUCCUCUUCGUGGACGCCCUGUAAGCACAGGGAACACUGCGAUGAGGUCCCCCAACAGCAGCAUGAGGACCUGUCCGCUAAGAAGCUGCGGCUGACCAAGCCCAGCAAGUCGGCGGCGCUUCAUGUUGACCUGUGCAAAGCCACCUCGCCCGCAGAUGCCUUGCAGUACCUGCUCCAGUUUGCCAGGAAGCCUGUGGAGGUGGAGAGCGUGGAAGGGGUCGUCAGGAUCCUGCUGGAGCAUUAUUACAAGGAGAAUGAUGCCUCUGUAAGACUGAAGAUUGCUUCCUUGCUGGGCUUGCUGUCGAAGACUGCAGGAUUUUCCCCAGACUGUAUUGUGGAUGAUGCCAUUAACACGCUUCAAAAUGAGAAGUCUCACCAAGUCCUUGCUCAGCUGUUGGACACCCUGCUGGUGAUCGGCACAAAGCUCACAGAGAAUCCAGCUGUCAGGAUGAGACUGGUGGAAGUGGCCUGCAAGCAUCUGACAGAUUCUUCCCACGGUGUGAGAAAUAAGUGUCUGCAGUUAAUUGGCUGUCUUGGACCAGUGGAAAAAGGUGUUGCAAAAGAAGCUGAAAGCCAGGCUGCCAAAGACGUCCAGAAGAUAAUAGGAGAUCAUUUUAAUGACCAGGAUCCUCGUGUUAGGACAGCAGCUAUAAAAGCCAUGCUGCAGCUUCAUGAAAGAGGAUUAAAAUUACAGCAGGCUAUUUACAGUCAGGCCUGCAAGCUGUUGGCAGAUGACUACGAGCAAGUGCGCAGUGCUGGUACGGGCUGUGUGCAAAGUGACUCAAAGUGUUGGUCACCGUACUGAUUUGUGUUUCUCUAUCUUAGCAUCGUCCCGAUUCCUUCUUCUAAUGAAGAAAUUCGCUUGGUUGAUGAUGCAUUUGGAAAAAUCUGUCAUAUGGUUAGCGAUGGUUCCUGGGUUGUUAGAGUGCAAGCUGCCAAGUUAUUGGGUUCUAUGCAACAAGUUAGCUCCCACUUCUUAGAGCAGACCCUUGACAAGAAGCUCAUGUCAGAUCUGAGGAGGAAACGCACUGCGCACGAACGAGCCAAAGAGCUCUACAGCUCUGGGGAGUUUUCGAGUGGCAGAAAGUGGGGAGAUGAUGCCCCCAAAGAAGAAAUUGAUACGGGUGCUGUAAACUUGAUUGAAUCGGGAGCCUGUGGGGCAUUUGUUCAUGGCCUGGAAGAUGAGAUGUAUGAGGUUCGGAUCGCUGCGGUUGAAGCCCUCUGUAUGUUGGCUCAGUCCUCACCUGCUUUUGCGGAGAAGUGCUUGGAUUUUUUGGUCGACAUGUUUAACGAUGAAAUCGAGGAGGUGAGAUUGCAGUCAAUACACACGAUGAGAAAAAUUUCCAACAACAUCACGCUGCGGGAAGACCAGCUGGAUACUGUGUUAACUGUCUUGGAGGAUUCUUCAAGGGACAUUCGGGAGGCGCUUCAUGAGCUGUUGUGUUGCACCAACGUCUCGACGAAAGAAGGCAUCCAUCUUGCGCUGGUGGAGCUGCUGAAGAACCUGACCAAGUAUCCCACAGACAGAGAAUCCAUAUGGAAAUGCUUGAAGUUCUUGGGAAGCAGGCACCCCACUUUGGUGCUUCCGUUAGUCCCAGAGCUGCUGAGCACGCAUCCGUUCUUUGACACUCCAGAACCAGACAUGGAUGACCCGGCCUACAUUGCUGUUCUGGUUCUGAUUUUUAACGCUGCUAAAAGCUGCCCAACGAUGCCGGCCCUGUUCUCUGAUCAUACGUUCAGACAUUACGCCUACCUUCGGGACAGCCUCUCUCAUCUGGUCCCUCCGUUAAGGUUGCCAGGUAGAAAGCUGGUGUCCUCCCCUGUCUCUCCCAGCGUUACACCACAUGAAGAUCCCUCCCAGCAGUUCUUGCAUCAGAGCCUGGAGAGGGUUUACAACCUUCAGCACCUCGACCCGCAGGGCAUACAGGAGCUGCUGGAAUUUACCAUACGUGAUCUUCAGAGGCUUGGAGAGCUGCAGUCGGAACUGGCAGGGAUGGCAGAUUUCACGGCGACUUACCUUCAGUGUCAGCUGCUCCUCAUCAAGGCCUUGCAGGAGAAGCUGUGGAACGUGGCAGCUCCUCUGUACCUGAAACAGAACGCCUUGGCAUCUGCUGCAGCGAAACAGAUCUUGGAAGAAACUUAUAAAAUGGAGUUCAUGUACAGCGGAGUGGAAAGCAAACAGGUGGUCAUCAUUCACCACAUGCGGCUGCAGGCGAAGGCGUUACAGCUGAUAGUGACUGCACGGACGACCAGAGGAGUGGAACCCCUUUUUGGGAUGUGUGAGAAAUUCCUGCAGGAAGUGGAUUCCUUUCAGAGAUGUUUCAUCUCUGAGCUCCCACAUAUGCAAGGCAGUUUCGUAGAUAAAUUGCUGGACUUAAUGCCCAGACUCGUCACAUCUAAGCCUUCAGAAGUGGUCAAGAUUCUUCAGACAACACUGCGACAAAGUACCUUCCUCCACCUUCCCCUCCCAGAGCAGCUCCACAAAGCUACUGCGAAUAUCAUUGAGCCUACCGGUGAAUCUGAUAAUCCUCUGAGGUUUACGUCGGGGUUGGUGGUGGCACUGGAUAUUGAUGCAACUCUGGAACACGUGCAGGAUCCCCAAGGAACCGUGAAAGUUCAGGUGUUGUAUCCAGAUGGACAAGCACAAAUAAUCCAUCCUAAACCAGCUGACUUUCGCAAUCCUGGUCCCGGCAGGCACAGGCUGAUAACUCAGGUUUACCUCUCGCACACGGCCUGGACAGAGCCCUGUCAGAUUGAAGUGCGUUUGCUGCUGGCCUACAAUUCCAACAGGAGCAAGGCAUCCGCUAAAAUUCCUAAACCCACCUGGAGCGAGAGCUUGGAGGCUCUCCCGCCAUCUGAGAACGGCAUAGAGGGGACCAUACCCUUCAGCAAACCUGUCAAAGUUUAUAUAAUGCCCAAACCUGCCAGGCGGUGAGGUCUGUCGCUAAAAGAAAUGUAUUUAUGGGCUUGCUGCGUUCCAGGAAAACAAUAUCCUGCG